CUCUCUCGCCACUCUGUCUGUGUGACCGUGUCGGUUGCUGUUCCUUUUUUUUUCUUCUCCCCUCUUUCAUUUUUUUUUCGGGGUUCUAUAGGGAGUUUGAGUAGAGAGCAAAUAAUUAGUUGUAAAUAACGAAAAACAAAUAAAAGGUGACAUAGGAAGAACCGAAGAAGAUUACUCGUAACAAUUCUAAUCAGCAAUUAUGAAGUUCAAAUUCCCUAUUUCCCUUUCAUAACUAGAAAAUAGAAUAACUGACCCGAAAUCAUGAAGGAAGCAAAUUCCUAAUAAUUGAGGAGAAUACAAAAGAUAGAAUAUCGCGAAACCGCUUUGCGUUGUUCAACAACUCCACGCGCCUUCUCCAUUGUUUCUGCUGCUUCCGCCUUUUUUGAAUUUCCUUUCUCCUACAUCACCACAAACGCGCAUUCUCUCCCACGCAUUUUCAUAUCAUUCUUUCCUUCUGCUUAGCCUCGAAUCUCGAACACGUGCAUCUGAAUCUGCAGAGAAAUGCCAGAAAUUCAAUUGGGUACACACACUAUCAGAUCACAUGGAACUAGUGUGGCAAGAAUACAUAUGCAUGACUGGUUUAUUCUUUUGCUUCUUGUGAUCAUUGAUGCUGUCUUGAAUAUAAUAGAGCCAUUCCAUCGUUUUGUUGGACGGGAUAUGAUGACAGACCUUCGCUACCCAUUGAAAGAUAAUACUAUUCCCUUUUGGGCAGUUCCGAUCAUUGCAAUAUUGGUGCCGCUGGUCAUCUUUCUUAUUUACUAUUUCAUUAGAAAGGAUGUUUAUGACUUUCACCAUGCUAUAUUGGGCCUUCUAUAUUCAGUCCUCAUUACUGCUGUGAUAACUGAUGCUAUCAAAGAUGGUGUUGGACGACCACGGCCAGAUUUCUUCUGGCGUUGUUUUCCUAAUGGAAAAGGGGUGUAUGAUCAAGUAACAACUGAUGUUAUGUGUACUGGAGAUAAAAGUGUUAUCAAGGAAGGGCACAAAAGCUUCCCAAGUGGACAUACCUCCUGGUCCUUUGCUGGUCUUGUUUAUCUGUCUUGGUAUCUAUCUGGAAAAGUUAGGGCGUUUGAUCGUAGCGGUCACAUUGCAAAGCUCUGUCUUGUUUUCUUUCCAAUCCUCAUGGCAUCUAUGGUUGCUGUCUCUCGUGUUGAUGAUUAUUGGCAUCAUUGGCAAGAUGUGUUUGCUGGAGGCCUAAUAGGGAGUGUAAUUGCUUCCUUUUGUUACUUGCAAUUCUUCCCACCACCAUAUGACACUGAUGGGUGGGGGCCUCAUGCAUAUUUCCGGAUGUUGGCUGAAUCUCAUAAUGCCGCUCGACCCUCUUCCGCCAAUAAUGACAGCCAGCGAGUGCAGUCCUCUGAGCUUCAGGCAGUAACUCUGUAUAUCCCACCUCACCAGGAGGGAGAUACACGAAGCAAUAGCUGGGAUUCAAGCCCCAUGUUAGGCGCACCACAAAAUGUCAGGACACACUGACUGCUGUAAAGAGAUUGGAAAGAUCACCGGGUGUAAAAAUUUUACGGGUUUGAGUUUUAGUUGCAGAUAAUAGACAUUAGCAUCAUCCUGUUAGAUAUAUAUGCGGAUGUCGAUCUCUUUGGUUUUAACUUUUGAGCUUCUUAUUGGAUUAGAAAUAUCUUUGUAAGUUCGUUAUCCUUUCUUUAUAAUGGCUUAGUUUUUACAGUCA